UUUCUGUGCUAACACGGUAGCGUUAUGCGGUACUUUGUCUGUAAAUCUUAUUAACUAAUCGUAGAACAGAUGGUUUCUCCCAUCUGGGCAUAAUAAGAGUGCGCGGUAAGUACUGAUUGACCUUUUUUUAUAUAGAUUCCAGAAUAAUAUAAUCAUGAAUACAACAACCAAAUGCCAGCAUGCCGCAGUAUUUAUCUCAUUAGCCGUCCUUCUGGCCAUUCUGGCCUGUGUUGCAUUUUUGGCUCCUGUCGGUAGUUAUCAUGGACAUCCGAAUAAUUAUGUCGAACCAGUAACACAGGUGGUUACCAAUCCCACCGGCUUCUAUGACUUCUGGGAUGCAACCACAUCCAAAUACGACAGGCGGCACACCACCAGGAGUCACACGACGAGACACCGGAAAGAUUCUACCAGACAUGGAUCGCACCAUUCCACCGAGCGUCCAGGUGAAUUUGAGUUCGGACCGGAAGGAGAACGUGAGCGCGAAAUGGAGGAAUUCCCCGCAGCGGCGGCUGGUGGAGGCGCGGUCGGAGCGGCUGCUGUCGGAGGAGCAGCUUUUGCGGCUGGUUAUGGCGAUCAUGACUACGACGAUUUAGAGGACCGUCGUGUUGGACAUGGACGCGAUCGGGAUGAAGAUGGCGAACAUGGUCGUGAUCACGAUCGCGAAGGACACACCCACACCACAUCCCGCAGCCGCAGCCGGCACACAACAAGGCAUCCGGGAGAUCAGCAAGCCACCCGAACUACAAAUCACGGCCGCCGUUCACGCUCGACAACGGAAAGUAGUCGGCAUCGUGAUCACGAAGGUCAUGAAAGGGAUUCUGAUGACCACGACCAUGAACACGCACAUGCCGAAGCUCCCACGGCCGCAUUGCAUGCAUCCUUACCGCCCGCUGGACCAGCCGGUGGUCCACGCAGAAAGCGCGCGUCGGAUAAUGACUCAGAGGAGCACAAGAGCCACAAGCACAAAGAUGAUGACCACGAUGAACACAAAGACCAUAAACACAAAGAUGAUGAUAAGGAUGAGCACAAGAAACAUAAACAUAAAGACGAUGACAAGGAUGACCAAAAGGACCGUGACCAUGGUCAUGUGUCCAUCGAGAAAGACGACGAACAUCCUAAGGGACCCCAGAUGAUGAUGCAUGGGCGCGUUAAGAAUUUGACUCCAGGUGAGGUUUACGCCCUUUCCAUGCAUCAGUUCGCUGACAUGCAAAAUGGAUGCGAGCAUCUCGGACCGGCAUUCAACGAAGGCUCUUAUGCUCUGCCGUCCCGGCGUAAGCGAUCAGUGUUCGCCAGCUCAAAGGAACAAAAACUGGAGCGAAACAAGCGAGCAGAAGAGGAGGUUGAUGUCGAAGGCAAAGCCCCAGAAAACGAAGAGGUACCUGUGGAGGAAAAACCGCACGGCAAACAACAUAAACCAAAUGGCGCGCUUAUGGGAUUUUUGAAAGCCAAUGAGGAGGGAGAAGGAGAAUUCCAAUUCCCCAUCCCCAAACGGCACCAAGAAGCCUGUGCGACAUGCGGUCAUGCGAUGGGACGGGGCGUCAGUCUUCAAAAAGUCAAAGGAAUGCCGAAACUGAAGCAGAAAGUACAUGAAGAGAUUGCCAAACUGCAGGACUAUUUGGCGAAAUUCCAGAACAACCGGAGAAAGCGCGCACUGAAGCCUUCAUCGUCCCUCUCGUCCACUUCUGACCGGUUGACUCUAGGCGACUACUAUCACCACAGGAUGAAUCCGGUGACACCUGAGGAAAUGGCCGCAGAUUCACAACUGUACAGGGAGAUUGGUCUUAAUGAGCUCAACCAGUUGGCUUACAAUAACACGCUGAAUGGAACGGCUAUGGCUGGCUACAUGGAGCCUCCUGUUGCUUGUGGUGUUUUUGCAAGAAUGAACAAUGCUUGGUAAAUUGGUGCUGCGAAUGAUUUGUGAAACCAUAUUAAUAAUUUAGUGAUGGUAUUAAUUGAGAUCAAAAAUGGGUUUAAAAAAAUGUUAACCAAAGUGA